AUGUCCAUCAAGUCCCUCGUCGUCCUAUUUCUCAGCUUGGCAGCUGCCAGCCCUUUGGCCAAGCGCGACGCUGCCACCGUUCUCGCUGAUCUGAACACCAUCAGCACUGAUCUGUCGACCUUGGACACCGCUGUCCAGGGGUUCGAUGGAAACAUCCUCAAUGCCCUGCCCAUUGCUAAUGAUGAGAGCACCGUCGAAAACGACCUCAAGCAGGCAAUCAGCGACACUGAUGCGUCGUCUGCAUUUAGCACCAGCGACAGUUCCAGCGUGACGAGCGCUGUGACGGCCCUCGAGCCCAGCAUCAAUAAGACGAUCAAUGAUCUUGUUGCCAAGAAACCCCAAUUCUCAUCCGCUGGCAUCACCAGUCUUGUCCUCCAGGACCUCCAGUCGCUCCAGAACCUGACCGACACGCUGUCCAGCAGCCUCCAGGCAAAGGUGACCCCGUCGGACGCCAGCACCAUCGCAUCCGGCACGACUGCUUUGGAUGCGGCAUUUGCGAGCGCGAUUGCGGCAUACUCUUGA